AUGCAGCGACUCCGGUGCCUCCGGCCGCGGAUUGAGGUCGCCGCCGACACGCUGCACCCCACAUGGCGGCAUCUACUCGUGAUUGUCGGUGAAUGCACGCAGCGUCGCUUUUUCGGCCACCCACACGACUGGGUGGUCUACAGGGACGGUUCGGACCCGGUAUCGCUCCGGUCAACAUACCUCAAGUGCAACCCUAACUUCAGCUUUGAGCAGCUUGAACAUCCAGUCAUCGAUAUGAGCGCGUGGGGUACCGAUGACCCACGGUGGGUGCCGCCAGUGGACGCCGUGGCUUGCGUCCUAGGCAUACACACAUGUCAAUCGUGCGGGCGGGAGCAGUCCGAAGACCCUAUGACCAACUCGUGCUACUGCUUCCCAACGCUAUUUGGGUUCGGACGUCGGUUCCCUUGUCCGGUGCAGGUGUUCCGGACCUCUGACGGAUGCAACAACGGCCUGAUGGCUCUGUGUCCGUUUGAGCGCGGCGCGGCGAUAGGAGAAUUUGUGGGCCUUAUCACGAGAGAUUUGCAAAACACGGACGUCAUGGAUAGCUCGACGGGUGGCCGAGCCUAUCAGAUCUGGCAGGGUCGGCAGGGCAACUUUACGAGGUUCAUCAAUCACAGUUGCCAGUCCAAUGCGCAAUUCCAGCAAUUUGUGUGGAUGAGUACGCAGCGCAUCAUCCUAGUGAGUAAGGGCAUUGAAGCGGGGCACGAAAUCACGGUAGAGUAUUCUGAAGCUACUGGCGUGAUUCGGACAAAGGAUGUCUCUAUAAAGAGUCAAAUUGCCGGGAACAGAGUGCACCUCGGCGGGGAGAAAUGA